GGCGAUUAAAUAUUAAUGAUUAUUGAACACAAUUUAAGAUUAAUUAACACAAAAUCAUUCCGGACCUGCUGUCAAUCUUCAAUAACUUCAUCGUUUUGUUUUUUUUCAAAGUUCUACCAUUUUUAACUUUGUGUAAAUCAUAAAAAUGAAAACUAUAAACUUGUGUUGUAUACUUUAAAAGUGCUCAAUUUCUAAAAAAAAGUACUCUUGUUUCAAUUUUAAUCCUAAAAUGUCUGAUGAGGAAAAUGAUCGUUUUGAAGAAGAACAAAGUUUGUUAACUGAAAAUUUUGAAACUAUACCGCAUACACCAAGUGCUUGGGAACAAGAUAUAUACGAUGUUGAUGAAGAUCCAGACCCCCAUGCUAGCCCAGAAAGAGAAAUUUUAUGGGCCGCUGAACAAGGUGAAUUGGAUUUGGUGAAAUCUUUGGUGUCAAAAAAUUCUCACUUGGUUCAUAUCCAUGAUAGAGAUGGUUAUACAGCUUUACACAGAGCAUGUUAUAGUAAUCAUCUAUCAAUUGUUGAGUUUUUAUUAGAAAAUCACGCAAAUCCAAAUGCUCGGACAGCUGAUCAAUGGACACCAUUGCAUUCUGCUUGUAAAUGGAAUAAUGUGGAAUGUGCUGAAAAAUUAAUAGAAGCCGGGACUGACAUAAAUGCUUUAACUAAUGGAAUAACACCUCUACAUUUAGUAGCAGAGUUGGCUGAUUCGCAUAGUCUCAUUGAACUAUUAUUAUCUCAACCUGGUAUUCAGUCUAAUGUAAAACUACCAAACGGUACAGGCGAUACACCAAAAGAUAUUACUGGUCGGAAGAGCACGAAUGAUAGACUUUUUGAAUACUCUGAACCGUGUUUCAAUUACAUAUGAAUUGAACAAUAAUUAUUCAGACCAAAGACUAAUAGAAGGCCCACAUGAUGCUACUAGUACUUUUUUACUGGGAUGUGUACUAAUCGAAUUGAUGGACUGUGUGUAUGAAACAUUGUCAUUAGGUUUUAACUUCUCUAAAACUUUUGCACUGACAAAAUCCCAACACCAAAUAUGUCCACAAGUUGAUCCACUUAUUAUUAUGCUAUCGUUAUGAAAUACACAGUUUUCGAUAAAAUAAUCACCGACUGUAUGACCUGUGUACCUGUUAAACAUAAAAUAAAAUAUAUACUAAUAAUGUCAUGUGAAAAUGUUGCUGGGAACAAUUAAAAUUUAGAACAAAAUUUCAUACUCAUUCAAUAAUUCUCCUUUUUGUCUGUCCAUUAACUUUAAUGUACUGUCAGUACAGCUAACUAAAGUGCACAUAUUGUCUUGUGUUGAACUGAUACAUGAAAUUGGCUCUACAAGCAUAUUGACGAUUUAAUAUGCAUGGUUACAAUUUUUAAUAGAAAUUAUAAAGAUAAUAUGAAUUACUUACUUCCAAUAAAAUCAGCAUCCAAAUUUCCCAUUCUUAUGUCAUAAGUUCUUAAAAAACAAUCUAAGGAACCUGUUAGAAUUUGAUGGCCUAUCACUAAAACUUUAGUAAUACUGUCUUUAGCUUCUUUCAAAACCUAUAAUUGUAAAUAAACAAAUGUACAAUAAUUAAAAUAUGGACUUUUUAACAAUUUCAAAUAUUUUAUUUUCUAAACUUCUAUUCAAUUACUGAGAAAAAUGCAUUAUAUAUUUUUAAUUUGUACUAUUUUUAUUUUAUAUACAAUUAAUACAGGUGGAGAUUUGAAAAAGAUUUGUUGAAAUUAUUUUUAAAUCUUAUUAUGUUAGUUUUUGAUGUCAUUUUUAAAAUUAUACUUAAAUAAAAUAAGUGAUUUA